UCAGAUAACCGUGCCAAACUAACCUGAUCUAUUUUAGAAAUCUUUCAUAGAAUGCUAAUGUCUCCCUGUCUACCUACCUCACACCACGCAUGAUGAUGACUGAUACAGACUUGCACGCGGGAGGUAGCCUAGUCUAGCCUAGCAAACAAGACGCAUCACUGGAGACUUGGUGUAGCUCAAGGAUUUUUUCCCACGAGACAGCUAGUCGGGAGACGUUUGAAAAUAGUUGAACUAUUGUACGCAUUUAGAUCUCAUUCGAUGACUGUGAAUGGAAAAAAAAAAUCCGAACAACUUGGCGGAGAACGCCCUUACUCACAUUCGUCAUAGCCUGUUAUAGGCUACUAAGAGAAGUAGUGGAAACACCUCGGAAACGUUGGCAGUCCUUCACAUUACAUCUGUUUUAUCUGUAAAUGACUGAAUGAACUAAAAAAAAAAAGAAUUGACCGGAUGCUAUUCAGGGAAUUACGGUAAGGGAAGCUUUCAGCCCCUUUCGGACGCAUUGAAAAGUAUCCUACCCUACCCCUGACUGUCGUAAAUCUGUUGGGCGGAGGACUGAUGGGGGAAAUCCACAAGUUGCCCCAAAACAAUUUUCAACAACGGAUAACUAAAACGGGAAACUUUGUUGCAAUGCAAAUGGUUGCCAGCCUUUUUAAGUGUGUGCACUUGUGAAGGGCUGAGGGUGGAGUCUCAGCGCAUACCAUGGCAGACCCGGGGGAGCCGUCCGCUUUGAGAUGGCUGCGUUCCCAAGAUUGCUCCAAGCAGCUGUCAGAGGAACAACUUGAGUCUAUAAAGAACAACAGUGAAUUGCGCCCUUUUCUGGCCAUUCAUUACCUGCCCUCCCUAAAGGAGGGAGAUGUGUCCCCUCUACUGCAGGGCAACCCCAUCAUAUGCAGGGUCGACAAUACAGAGAGAUACACCACACGCUCCAAGGUACGUGUGUGCACCCUGUACACGGUCAAGCUGAGCCACGGGGACUUCACAUGGACGGUCAAGAGAAAGUACAAACACUUCCAGGAACUCCACCGAGACCUCUACAAGUACAAGAUGAUGCUGCAGUUCUUACCCCUGGGACGGUUUGCGAUUCAGAGGCAACAGCUGGAGAACAUGACCGAGGAGAUGCCCACACUACACGGAACAGAGAGGAGGAGGGCCUCCAGCAAACCUAAAUACCUGGAGGACUAUCUGAAUGGCCUACUCGAAAAUACUUUCUGUAAAAACUAUCAUGGCAUGUUGGAGUUUCUCGCUGUCAGCCAACUGUCCUUUGUCAAAGAUCUUGGACUUAAAGGACUGGAGGGCUUCAUUCACAAAAGGUCAGGAGGUCACCGGAUCCAGGGCCUGAACUGCAUCGGUCAUCACCAAGUCUGCCUGCGUUGGUCGCGCCGCUGGCUGGUGGUCAAGGACUCCUUCCUCCUCUACAUGAAGCGUGACUCGGGGGUCAUCUCUUUCGUGCUCCUGUUCGACCCCGAGCUGAAGGUGAACGUGGGCAGCGCCUACACAGAGACCCAGCACGGCGUGUGCAUCGAGACCUUCACCCGGCAACUGGUCAUUAAGUGCAACACAUACAGACAGGCCCAGUGGUGGAGCCAUGAGAUCAAACGCCUGUCAGAGGCCAGUGACUUCCUGCAGCUGCAUCGCUUCCAGAGUUUCGCCCCGCCGCGCUCCAACACACUCACCAAGUGGUAUGUGAAUGGGAGCCAGUACUUUUCCGAUCUAGCAGAUGCCCUGGAACAGGCGAAGGAGGAGAUCUUCAUCACUGACUGGUGGCUCAGUCCAGAGGUCUUCCUGAAGCGGCCUGCCACUGAUGACUACUGGCGCCUGGACACCAUCCUCAAGCGCAAAGCAGAGCAAGGGGUGAAAGUGUGCGUGCUGCUGUACAAAGAGGUGGAACUGGCCUUGGCUAUCAACAGUUUCUACAGCAAAAGAACCCUGAUGAGCUUGCAUCCGAACAUCAAGGUGCUGAGGCAUCCAGACCACGUGGCUUCCGUGGUGUUCCUGUGGGCUCAUCACGAGAAGAUGGUGGCCAUCGACCAAUCAGUCGCCUUCAUGGGUGGGAUUGACCUUUGCUUCGGGAGAUGGGACGACAGUUGCUAUAGGCUGACGGAUCUGCACUCUCCACCGGUAGCCUAUGACGAGACAGAUGGCGGACCCGAGGCGGAUGCGGAUGGGACUGACGAGUCGGCCGCUCCUCUCGCAGAAGAGCCCGAGCCGGUGCCCGAGGGGGAGCUGGACCUGAAACAGAACACAUGCUAUUGGCUUGGCAAAGACUACAGCAACUUCUACAAGAAGGACUGGACCCAGCUGGACUGCCCUUUUGAUGACCACAUCGAUCGGAACCAGGUGCCCCGCGUGCCUUGGCGUGACCUGGCCGCUGCGCAUCACGGAAAGGCCGCCCGAGACCUGGCACGCCACUUCAUCCAGCGCUGGAACUUCACCAAGAUAUUUAAUAAGCAUAAGGAUGACUUCUACCCUUACCUGCUGCCAAAGUCCCACUGCACUGCUGAGAGUCUGCCUUUUACAGUGCCCGGAUCAGGCAGAGCCUCAGUGCAGGUGCUUCGCUCGGCAGACCGCUGGUCAGUUGGGGCCUGUGAGUGCUCCAUCAUGAACGCGUACGUGGACACCAUCAAGAACAGCCAGCACUUCAUCUACAUCGAGAAUCAGUUUUUCAUCAGCUGUGCGGACGGAAAGAGUGUACAUAAUGGCAUAGGUGACGCCAUCGUUGAGCGGAUCCUUCGUGCGCACAAAGAGCAGAAGAAGUAUCGGGUGUUUGUGGUGGUGCCCAUCCUACCAGGUUUUGAAGGAGACAUUACCCAGGGCGGAGGCAACUCUAUCCAGGCCAUACUGCAUUUUACAUACAGGACCAUGAACCGUGGAGAAUGUUCCAUCCUGCACAGGCUGAAAGAACAAAUGCAGAAGGGCGAGUGGACGGAGUACAUCUCUCUCUGUGGCCUGCGCCAGAAUGACACGCUGUGUCAGUCUCCGGUCACUGAGCUCGUCUAUGUCCACAGCAAGGCCCUGAUCGCCGAUGACCGCCGCUACAUUAUCGGGUCGGCCAACAUCAACGACAGGAGCAUGCUGGGCAGUCGUGACAGCGAGCUGGCCAUCUUGGUGGAGGACGAGGAGCGCGUGCCUUCGCUCAUGAACGGAGAGGAGUACGAGGCUGGCCCUCUGACCCUGGCCCUGCGCAAAGAGUGCUUCAGGGUUCUCCUGGGGGCGGAGUCUGAUCCCUCCGUUGUCAUCGAUGACCCCGUCAGCGAUGAGUUCUUCUACGCGGUGUGGAACACCAUUGCCAGAGAGAAUGCUGCCAUCUUUGAGAAGGUGUUCCGCUGCUUGCCCUCGGACUCCAUCCGCAGCAUGGCGGCCCUCUCGGCGCACGUCACCACGGGGGGCCUGAUCGAGACGGACCCCGAGGCGGCCGCCGAGGAGCUGAAGGCCGUCCGCGGCAUCCUCGUCCACUUCCCCCUGCACUUCCUGUGCGACGAGUACCUGCUCCCCCCGCUCAGCAGCAAAGAGGGCAUCGUGCCUGUGGAAGUGUGGACAUAAGCGGGGGAGAGAGCGAAGCGGAGCAACGAGCGGCCGGCUGACGUCAGGGCCGGUGGAGAGGGGUGUGAGUGGCCCCCAGUGCAACAGGAGCUUAUAGUCACCCAAACCAACCGAGUGGCAAACAAAAUAGGUCUCCUGCAUAUCACUGGGACCGUCAUAAGAUAACAGGACUAAUGCUUGUACACGGUAUCAGAUAAAUUAGGUUAGGGAAGCAUUAAUGUUGCUAAUCCGUGUAAGAACAACUCGUAUGCAUGACUAAAAAUAGAAAAACACAUACUGUAGAUAGGAUUCAUAAUAGUCAAAUGUUUUAGAAUUUUAAAAUGCAAAAGUUUUAUUGCUCCACCAUUUGUGCUUUAACCUGGGGGGUCUUUAAAGUUUUUUAGAGUCUUCCAAACAUUUUUUUUAAUAGAUAUAUAUUCAGAACAUAUUUUUCAUCAGAAACAAAUCAGUUUUUAUAUAGUACAGUUUAUGUUUACAUACAAAAGUACAAGAUUUUGAGCCAAAAACAUUCUAACAAAACAUCCGUAACAAUAUAUGGUUCUAAAAUUCCAUGGUGAAUUAAGGCAAGCGCCCACUUGACGCGGCAUUCAGCGGUGUGGGUUUGACGCGCAGGAUUUUAGAACAGUUUUCUAACGCUGUGCGGCUGCCACGCGGCAGACAUUUCUAGUGGGCUUUGCUCCGUUAAAAACAAUGGAGUUCUAUUUUUUUGUUUUUCUUGUCGCGUCGUGCCGCGUACGUACGUGUCGGGUGGGCGCCGGCUUUAAUUUGGUCCCAGAGCCCUAGAAAGAGAAAUAAUCUCUCUAUGAAGCUCUGAUUGAGCCCAAAUAUUCUUUAGAAGGUCAAUUUUCCAACAUUUCCAUCAACAUUCCCGCCACACCGGUGUGACCGUACCAGCUGAAGGGUCUACCUAUGAAGUCAGGAGUUCUACGCGCUUCCUGGAAAGCUUCCGCUAUGCAGACAACUCAAGGAAUUCUUUUUUUUCCUUCCAUCUUUUGUUUCUGUUUACUGUACAUCUCUCCACUACAAUCAUGUUUGCAGAUGUUGUGUGAUUCUCUGUAAUCCAUUUAUCCCCUAGAUGGCAUUUUGGGUGAUGGAUUGUACCACAGGCGACUGAACACAUGGACACUUCUUAGGCACCUUUAAUGACUCACCACUAGAAAGCCUUGUGUCAAAGCAUUUGGAUUUCCCAUGUGUGCGCAUGUAUAUGUAUUUUACAUAUUUUUACCUUGUUACAUUUUAACUAAAGAGUUAUAGAAAUGUAUUUAGAGUUAGAGAUAGUUAUAGAGAUUUUAUAUAUACCACUCUGUAUCCGAUGCAGAAUUUGUCUAUAGGUCAGAAAAAAAGAUGCACUUUUACUUUAUAAAGAUGUCACCUUUCUCUCUCUCCUCUAUGAACAGUUUAAAAUGGCUGCCAGUGAGUUGCAUAUCUGUGACUGUUUACAGCACAUCCAUAGCACAUCAGAUGCAUGGAAAUCCAGUUUGGAGAUCAGAAGUCGAGUGUCUCUGAUGAUUGUGGAACGGAACGUACAUUUAUUGUUGCCUGAGUGUAGGCGGCCAGCCUCUCUCAAUCUCUCUUUAAUGCUUCUUUCUCUCUCAAUCUCUCUCUCUCUCUCUCUCUCUCUCUCUCUCUCUCUCUCUGCCUCUCGAGCAGCAGUACACCUCUCUGUGCAGUGCCAGCGAAUCUGUCUGAACAUUUGUGGUUGUUAUGGUGACGGGUAUAAAGAGCUGACUGGAUGGUGGCUGUUGAGUCAGAGAGAGACAGGGAGAGUGAACGAGAUAGAGAGCGGCGAUAUAGCAGGAAUGCAGGAGGGGGUAAACCAGAUGAACACAGGCCCUCUGCAGAUGAGGGGGCAACCAAAUUACAGUGGGUGUAGAAGAAGGACGGGAAGGGGAAAUGAGAGGCACGGAAAUAAGAUAUUGUGUGGAUACUAUUCGUUCUUUCUUUUUUUUUGAGAGAGAGAGAGAGAGAGAGAGAGAGAGAGAGAGAGAGAGAGAGAGAGAGAGCACACAGGAGAGGUUGAGAUUGGGGUGGAGUGGGGGCCGUUUUAGGAAUGGGGUCAAUGCAAAUUGCAGACACAAGAGGUGUGCAUUCUGCGAACUGGAGGGAAUCAGUCGUCUUCGUAUACAUUAAUCAUAGUGUCUCUUGCUAUCACCAUGGCAACCAAGUGAUUUAUUGUUAUGUAAUCAUGUUGUCAGUGGUUUAGAAGAUUCCAUGAUAGGAGAGGGGUGCCUCUGUUAUACAGGUAGCCUAUGGUUAAUCAUAUGGUGGACAGUGCACAAUUUAUGAAUUUGGUUACUGAUACGCCCCUGCUGCCAUUGCAUGUUACCCAAAAGCAACUCUGAUGUAUGCAACAACUUUCCAUUCUGAAAAUGCCAUCAGGAUUGCUUCAUUGUUCAAAAUCCUUGUGAAACGUUGUACCUGAUACUGGGCAGCUUGGCAACACUGCAAUCCUGUCACAUUCCAAUCAAGACUACGUAGCCUACAUACAAUGGCAGAUGUGCAUUGUAGUCACAUAAGUUUUAUAGACCUACUUUUGAAAUGCUAAAAGUAUUUGUAUAAAUAGCAGUUAGUCAUUUUGAAACUUUAAAAGUGUCUGUAUUAACAUUAACAUUUCAUAUGAGUGAUGAAACAUUACACAAUCAGCAGCCUGUCAUUAAUGAAAAUAGCAUGCACAGACUUUUCUAUUAUGUUCAUGUUGUCUGUUUUGUGACACCACUACUUUUUGUCAUCUCCUUUUUUAAAGUUUAUUUCUCUGUUACACUUAACAAUGGUAUUGCACAUCAUGUCUCACAGACUAACUCCAAUUAAAACAUUUGAAUUGGCCUAACA